AUCCCCUCACAGGGGAGUGUGUUCAAGUGCUCUUCAUGCACUUUUCUUUUCAGCAACAUAUUACCACACUUUUUACACCAGGAUUAAACAUUUUUUUUAAAUCUAAUUUUGUCAUCAGCCUCCUGCAAAUAUGACAAUAAGAACGGCUCGUCCAGACCGGGUGCAACAUUUCCGGCCCCGCAUGCACUGCCUUAAAAAGCUGGAGGCCAUGAUGGUGGAGAUGCAGAGCGGGGUGAAGGGCUCAGAGCAGAAACUCAACGUCACCACCAUCCCUCAUGUCAUCACUGGUAAAGACAUCAUUGCAUGGAUUACCAACAAGAUGAAGAGCACUACAGAAGAGAGUCAGGCCUUUGGCACCAUGUUGGUGGCCUACGGCUACAUCUACCCUCUAGAGAACCACAAGAAGCUGGUGAUGUGCAACGACACCAGCCUCUACCGCUUCCAGACCCCAUACUUUUGGCCUACACAGAAAUGGGUUGCAGAGGACUCUGACUAUGCCAUUUACCUGGCAAAGAGGAACAUCCGCAAGAAAGGCAUGUUGGAACCCUACGAACAGGCACAUUACAACCACCUCCAUGAAUGGCUAAACCACAAGUGGGACUUCAUCGUGAUGCAGGCCACUGAGCAGUACAAGGCUGGUAAGGAGAGGAAGAAACCGGAUCGUGUGGUGUUUGAUUGCCAGGAGAGAGCGUACUGGAUAGUGAACAAACCCCCGCGUCACACUCACAGUGCUAUGGACUGCGGUCCAGAGCGUCUUAUUGAUCCUAACUCCGAUGAGAAAAUCACUUUUGACACAUACAGACGCAUGAACCUGUUCUAUCAACAAGCUAUCAUGAGGUCAAAGGUCAAAUCUAGUGUGUCCCUUGGAGCACUGGUCAAGUACAUCACAACCUACAAAAACCAUGACCCCUUCCUCGCCCCUUGUCUACCCAGCAACCCCUGGCACACCGACAACGACACGUACUGGACGAUGAACAUGAGACAAGUGGAGGUCCCCACUAAGAUGCGGGUGGAGCGCUGGUCCUUCAGCCUGUUCGAGCUGCUGAGCGACCUGCGAGGCCGAGACGACUUCAAGAUCUUCCUCAAGAAGGAGUUCAGCGGGGAGAACAUGGCAUUUUGGGAGGCAGCUGAAGAACUGAAGUGGGGCACUGCAUCGUCAAUGACAUCAAAAGCUGAGACCAUUUUCAAGACCUUCCUGGCCCCUGGGGCCCCCCGCUGGAUCAACAUUGAUGGCAGGACGAUGGGUCUGACCGUGAAGGGCCUGGAUCAUCCUCACCGCUAUGUGCUGGAGGCAGCCCAGACACACGUGUUCCUGCUCAUGAAGAAGGACACUUUCUUCCGCUACCUCAAGUCCCCAGUGUACAAGGAGAUCCAGAAGAAGGCUCUGAACCCUGAGCCGCAUAACUUCAGCCCAGCCCAGCUGGAGCAAAACGCUCAGAACCGGAGCCCAGGCAUCCAUCCCAUAAUCCUCUGGCAACAGGAUGAGUCAGAAAAGGCCAAGGCAGCCAUUGCCUCUGCUCCGGUCGAUGUCAAGGCCAUGAUGAGCAAAAUAGACAGGAAAUAAGUAGAGAAAUAGAGUGUGUGUGUGUGUUUGUGUGUGUAAAGGGUUCUACAUGUCACACACACUGUGUACUCUGUACAGAAGACUUUGCUGUGUAAUGUCAUUACAAUGAAUGUUGUUCUGUAAAUAUUCCCCUAAUUUAUCGAAGGGAAAACUCCAGCCUUGGUUACAAAAGGAUUACUGAACAGGCCUCUGUGGCGUAGAUGAUGACUACACAAAGAUGCAAAAUGAUUACACAUUUAAAAUAACUGCACUUAGAUUCUAAAUGACCCUAAAGUAACAGAAUGGCUACAUAGUGACUCAUAAUGACCACAAGAUGCAAACGACUGUCUGGCUCCUAUGUAGGAAGGGUGGGGGGGCUUUUACAUGUUUGAGUCCAGGGCACUGUUGUCUGAUAAUCUGCCCAUGGGGUUUUUAGAUGCACAUCUGAAUGAAAGGCAUCACCGAUACAAGAUUUUUUAGAAAAGUAUUUUGAGUAUGUUAUGUUUCUACAUGUUAAAGUCAAAAUUUGUAUCAACAAUCAGAUUUAUUUCAUGUUAAAUACAAGAACAUAUUGCAUUAGCUGAGCUUGUAAUAGUUAUAUUUCUCCCAUGCAUAUUACCUAUUAGGAGACACGGUUGUGUACAUUGGAGACAGUUUUGUUGGUGUUGGUUAAAAUAAUACUUGGGGCUGUAAAAUAAUACUUGUGGCUGUAUAUACCGCUAAGAGAUGUUAAAUCAGAUUCAAGAGAUUUAUUUUUAAUAACUGCAAAACAUUGCUCCAGUUAUAGUCAGUUAAGUGUCAUCAUGUAGGUCAGUGGCUGGAGACUAGAAGAGAAGAGCUCUCUUUGGAAGAUUUGCACCUUCCCAAAAUGAAUAAAUGUAACAUUAGAACAGACAGGCAUUUGUGUGUUAAUAGUUGUUAUUACCCAUACCACUGUUCUACAGUGUAUACUAUAAACUACUGUGUUCCACAGCAAGCAGUACCUUUUAAAUUGAAGAGGGUUGAUGACUAAUGGAGUUCCAUCAAUAUUAGAACUGUUUCUGUACAAUGACAAUAAAGGGUUAUUUGAA